AUGAAAUCGUCUUCCGCUCAAAAGUCUCAAACUGUGUUCAUACAAAACGCCAAAAAGACGCAAGUGAUGGUCGAUGAAAUCAAACUCUUUUACAAGGACAUUCUUAAAAAGACCAAAAAGUGGACACAACACAUAGCGCUUGCAGCACACGCUGGUAUUGGUGUAUCUGAAAGCAUGAAGAAUUGCGCAACACGCUUUGAAAACAAUGAUAUGGGGAAUAUCCAAAAAGUGUGUACAGCAAUGACACAGUGUGGUGAGUUAGUUAACAACUUCGUGAAGGUCUUAGACCACCUCCAAAUCAAUUUAGACAAAAAUGUGAAUGAGGUAAUGCGCUGUUUCAUCGAAGGAGAACUCGCGAUGACAACAUCCUCGAUAUCUCCUUCAAACCCUAAGUACUCCCAAGCACUUGCUAAUACACAAUUGGCUCUUGACAAAUUCGAAAUCGAGACGUUGGGCGUAUUCCUCAACACUUUUGGCUUAUUCGACGAAGUGAAAAACGAGAUGGAAAAGGUGACCAAUAUUAAGUCUGAAAUUGACGUCACGCGGAGUCAACAACAACAACUCCAAAAAGCCUUCGAAGAAAAUACAAAAGCAGACUCUUCAAAGUACAGAAACUACUUUGGAAUACCUCUCAAAAAGUUGAUCGACGACGAAAACAGGAAAAACACUCAAAUCCCUUUCGGCCUUGAAAAGGCUUUGAAGUAUCUUUACACGUCCGGGAUAGACUCUGAAGGGCUGUUUAGAGUCUCUUCAACACCAGACAAAAUCAAUCACGCACAAAUUCGAUUCCUAGCUAUCAAUUAUUCAAAUGAAGACCCUUAUUUGGUCGCAAAUCUCGUGAAAACGUUUUUGAAAGAAAUCCCUGGUAAACUGAUUCCAAAGGAAGCAAUACCGAUGUUCUUCUUAUGGGAUGACGCUCUGGAUGCCAAAGGAGACGACGAAAAGGUCCAAAAGAAGAUAUGUGAAGACAUGCGAAUGAAAUUGGAGACCUCUCUCUCACCGGAACAUUUCACUUGUUUGAAUUACAUAAUAACUUUUAUGGCAUCUUUAAGUCGCUCAGAGAAGUCGAAAAUGACGGCGGAGUCUAUCGCAACAUGUGUGUCUCCGUCGAUAUUUUAUUGCGACGAAAAAUUGGAAGGAAAACCAUUACUCGAACAUAACACAAAGACCAACCACAUCUUAACCUUCAUGAUCAAAAACUUCACACAGAUCUUCACCAUCCCACGACGAUGUUGUGUCAGGAGGAAACAAAGUGUCUACUUACAAAAUCCAGAAGAAUUUGUGACUCCAAUCAAUGGAUCGCCAUGUCCAACUCCAAUCCUAUUCGACCGAACACCAACACCGUCGUUGGUGACUAAUGAUAUGUCCAAACACAAGUCACUCUCCAACUUCUCUAAUGACACCUUAGUAUAG